GUCACGGUCAGCUGAUCGAUGCGGAAGUAAACAACAUUCGGCAGAACAGACAACACGGCGGAGGAGAAAGGACCGUCUCUCCAAAUGACGUCUCUGAUUUGCACUUUACAAGCCCAUCGAGACGAUGUCAACUGGUGUGCCUUCUCUGGCACGCUGCUUGCCACAUGCUCCGGAGACAAAACUCUCAGGAUAUACAGCACCCGUGACUUCUCUGAGCUGCCCUUCUCCCCGUUGUCAGGACAUGGAUACGGCGUCCACUGCUGCUGCUUCAGCACCUGCGGACAGUUUCUUGCCUCGUGUUCGACUGAUGCAACCACGAUGGUCUGGUCCAUGGUCACGGGCGAGAUUGAGGCCGUCCUGCAGCAUCCAGGUCGUAGUCCUGUGAGGAUCUGUGCGCUGUCUCCUGACUCUGCCCACCUGGUUUCUGGUGCAUCAGAUGGCACUUUGGCUCUGUGGGAUUUUCCAUCCAAAAAGCUGCUCAGGACCGGAGGAGUGAAUGACACGACAAUGGUAGCCUGCUCCUUCAGCCCCUGCAGUCAGGUGUUCAUGACUGGCUCCACCUACGGAGACCUGCGUCUGUGGGACCUGAACAUGAACCAGCUCCAUGCAGAGAAAAACGCCCACGACUUGGGUGUCACCUGCUGCACCUUCGCUCCCAGCAUCCUCAGUGGUGGUCAAGUCGUGCAGUUUCAUCUGGCGUCCUGUGGGCAAGACAGUCUCCUGAAGAUCUGGGUCAUUAACAAGUUCAACUCUGGAGGCUAUAAGAUGCAGCUCCUGCACACAUUGACCGGCCAGUCGGCUCCGGUCCUUUCCUGUGCGUACUCCUCAGAUGGGCAGCUGCUUGUGUCUGGCUCUGUGGACAAAACUGUCACAGUCUAUGACGCUAAAAAUGCAGUUCUGCUUUACACACUGAACCAGCAUGAGAGGUAUGUGACGGCAUGCGCCUUCUCCCCAACUUCACCACUAAUUGCAACUGGAUCUAUGGAUAAGACUGUAAACAUCUGGAGGCUGGAGGAUGGAUGCAGUGACCGUGGCGAGAAGUCAUUGCCUGAGCUGUCUGCUUUGACAUCAAGUGAAGGCAGAACCUCAGCAGGCCGGUCCAGGCUGCUGGUCAGCGAUUGGUCGGAGGGGGAUGUGUCAGCGUGGCUGGUGGAGGAAGGCCUCGAGGGAUUGGUGGACAAAUUCAUGGCCAACAACAUAGAUGGGACAGAGCUGCUUAGUCUCACCAAGGAAACACUGGCGUCAGAGCUGCACAUAGAGUCAGUGGGCCUGCGCAGUAAACUCCUGAGGAAAGUGGAGGAGCUGAAGAGUGAUUCAGUGUGUAUAGGCAUUCCUGAUGAGUUCCUGUGUCCAAUCACCAGAGAGCUGAUGAGGGAGCCGGUCAUUGCUGCUGAUGGAUACUCCUAUGAAAGAGAGGCCAUCGAGAGCUGGAUCAACACAAAGAACCGCUCCAGCCCCAUGACCAACCUCCCCUUACUGACGACUCUGCUCACCCCUAAUCACACCCUGAAGAUGGCUAUUGGCCGCUGGAAGACCAGCCACCAGCAUGUGAAAGACCUCUGACCCACAGUGCCCCAAAUAGUUUACCCAAAGUCUGUUGGCAUUCAUUUGUAAAGCUGCAAUUUUUGGCUUCUGGGGAGCAGAAAGGCAAAAUUGAAGCAACAGAUCUAAAUGUACUUUCAGCUUAUUAAACUGUAUUUCACUCAGUUGGUAGAGACCAAACACAGAGCGAAAACAGAAUAUCGGACUCAUAUUCACCAGGUGGCCGAUUGAAUAAUAAUGUUGAUCCAUGACUGCUGGAUGUAUAAAAAUGAGCAACUGUUUGCUGACAAGUUCACCAUAUUAAUUUAUUAUGUCAAUGCUGUGUCCGCUGCCCCCAAGUGGCCAAAAAAAUCAGCUAUUGCCAGUUUAAAGGGGCAGUUCACCGGAAAAUUAAAAAUUCACAUUUUUCCUCUUGCCUGUGGUGCUGCCGAGUUGCAGAGUGUUGGAGAUAUUGGCCGUAGAGAUGUCUGCCUUCUCUCAAACAUAAUGGAACUAGGUGGCACUUGGCUUGUGGUGCUCAAAGUGCAAAAAACAAACAAACCCUCAUUUGAAAAACUCAAUGGCAAUGUCUCUUUCCAGAAAUCAUGACCCAGUUACUCAAGAUAAUCCACAGACCUCGUGAGCAGUUUCAUUUAGGAACUUUUUUCUCUGAAACUAAACCCACCAAUCAUAUCACCGUGCAGAACAAGGAGUGCAUCUACUGCUAGCUCACCUAGCACCACUGAGCUUGCUAGUGUUAUAGCUCAGCUGAGGAGGACGCAAUUAAUGUUUACAUUUCGCACUGUCACAAGCAUGAGCCUCCCAUCCAUGAAAAGAUGCAAGCCUCCUCCUGCAAGGUAUUUUGGGUGAAAGAAAGAAAAUAGUUACGACAUGAAACUGCUCAAAACAAGUUCUAUGGAUUAUCUCAAGUAACUGGGACGUGAUUUUUGGAAAGAGACAUUGCCGUUGAGUUUUCGCCACAAGCCGAGUGCCAUCUAGUUCCAUUAUAUCAAAGAAAAGGUGGUUAUCUCUACAGCCGAUAUCUCCAACAAUCGGCAACUCACACCAAAACAAUCUAUAAUGAUAAAUAGCACCACAGGUUAAGAGGAAAAAUUUGUAUUUUUGAUUUGGAAGUGAACCGUCCCUUUAAUAUUCAUUAGCCUUUCAUCUGCUUUUUGGUCCGCCAGCUCCUUGGAAAAAGACCUUGGUCUCUUUGCCUCUCCUAAUAUUAGACUUUCCUCAUCAGUCAGUCACUUACUUUAGCUUUAAGUCAAUUUUAGUGCACAAAUGGUUUGUUCAGGCUGAUAAUAGACAGUGUUCUGGCCUGUUAAUCAGAAAAAAGCUCUUUAUAAGUGCUAAACAGACACCUCAUGAAAAAAAAAAUAA